AUGCUAGGAGCGAUUCAACAACGAAAUCGAAAUAAUCGAUACUUUGGAAUUUCAAUUGAGUGUGAAAAAGUUUUUGAGACACGAAUACCAAAUUUUUUCUCUACAGAACAAAUUCAAUAUCCCCCAAGUGACUGUGACAAAAUUUUUGCUAGCUGUUGGAUAAAUGAAGAUACAGUUGUCCUUGGUUCAAAAGAUAAUCAAUUAAUUGUGUGGAACGUUUAUGAAAAAACAAUUAAAAAACUUAAAUUACCAAAUACUGUCAUUAAUUUUGAUAGGGGUUCUGGAAUUCAUGAUGUUGACUAUUAUCCAAGUGGUGAUAGUGGAUUAUUGGCAAGUGGUAGUGACUCGCCAAAUGAUAUUGUUAUUUUUGAUACAAUGUUACUUUCACCUAUUGCCUUACUUAGAGGACAUAGUGAUUGGGUUUUUGGUUCAAAAUUUAUUGACGAAGAUGUACUAUUUAGUGGAGGAAGAGAUGGCAAAUUAUGUUUCUGGAAAAUGGAUAAAAAACCUAGCUAUUAUAAUAUAUACCCAACAAAUAAAGUUCAUAUAGAACAACCAUUUUUUGAAAGAACCAUUCCAGAAGUCAAAAUUCGAUGUGUUGGAAUUCAAAAAAUGAAAAAAAUAUGUUAUGCAUUGACAUCUGAAGGGACUGUUGGGAUGUGGGAUGCUGAGCUUAUGGAACCUAUUCAUGAUGAACAACUUGAAGACUCAUAUGAGUUAGUUACCAUGGAUGUUAAACAAGAUGGAAACGUUAUUGCUGUUGGCUCAAGGAGUUUCACUACGAUUCUGGACCCAAGAGAUAAAAAUGAGGUUGUCAUCAUUGGUCAUGUUGAUGUCAACUGGGGAGUAAGAAGUGUAUUGUUUUUAGACAAUUACCUCGUCAUUGGAGGAGGAAGUGGUAGUGUCUCUUUUGUUGAUAUGAGAAAACCUGGGAAUUAUAAACACACUAUCUAUCACAAAUGCAGUGGUACUGUUAGAAAUACUUUUCCUGACAUGAACGAAACAGAUAUUCCACAGGCUGUAUAUACUAUUUCCUCUAACCCUUCGAAGACAAAUCUCUUUGUUGGGGGAGGUCCAUUACUUGUUGGGGUUUCUGGCUAUUUUGGUUCAGUAUGGAAUUAA